AUGGCCGCAUUCAGAGCGUUAGCCCUCGCGUGCGCGCUCCUCCUCGUGUCGACUUCCGCCUUGGCGCAGCGUGGUCCGCCUGGCGGAGGUCCUCCCGGCGGUCAGCGCGGAGGCCCUGGCGCCGGUUCCGGCGGGCCCGGCGGUCCUGGCGGUCGCGACGGCCUCGGCGGGCCUGGCGGGCCUGGCGGGCCUGGCGGGCCUGGCGGGCCUGGCGGACCGCGCGGUCCUCCGCUGAACCUCACCGCCGUCGGGAAUCUGACGGCCGAUAUCGGAGCGCAGCUCGCCAACUGCACGGUGGAUCAGAAGACCCUCAACGGCAGCUUCCACCUCGCCAUCUUCAAGAACUCCACCGGAAAUUACAAUCUUCUGGUCGAGGCAAUGCUGGUGGAUGCGGCGGGCGGUCCGCCCGACUCGCUGGCGAUCGUGAAGGGCGCCGUGUGCGACGCCGCCGCGACGGACGUGCUCGCGCUGCCGCUCGCCGCGGCGGACUGGCAGCAGCGCGCGGGGUGGUGGCUGCUGCACGCGGAGGCGCGCCUCGACGUGUUCCUCGAGAACGCGGACGCCGCCACCCUCGACGCGCUGCUCGCCGUGCUCCCCACCGCCUCGCCUCCGCCCACCAGCGGCGGCGGGCGCAACGGCGGAGGCAGCGCGGGGGGCGCACGGAACGGGCAGGGCGGGAGGCGCAUGGGGCGUGAGCUGCUGAUGGGCGCAUUCGGCCGCGCUGCCAGGCAGGGGGGACAGAAGCAGGGGGGGCAGAAGCAGGGGGGGCAGCAGCAGGGGGGGCAACAGCAGGGGGGAGCGCAGCAGGCGCCUGCAGUGAGUGGGUAUGCUGUGCUGGCGGGCAGCAGCGCAGCAGUCAACUCGAUCCAAUGUAUGCUCUUCUUUUGCAUCUCCUGCCCCUCCGACCCGUCCCUCCCGCUGCCCAUUCCCACUCCCUGCCCUGUCUCCCUCCCUGCCCCUACCUCCUGCCCCUCCUCGCCCCCUGCCCCGUUCCCCUGUCGCUUCCUCAUGUCGCUUCCCCUUUCCCUUCCCCCUGGGCCCCCACCUUGGCCCUUUCUUUUGCCCCUCCCCCCCACCCCUUUCCCCUACUCCUCCACCCUUGCCCGUUCCCUGCUCCCGUUGAGCUAUGCCAUCAAUCAAGGAGCUAGGCACUCAGAAUAUGGCAAUACAUAUAGCUUUCGCUUCCCUUUCCUAAUGCCCCUCCUCUCUGCCCCUUCGCUUUGCCCCUCCUCUUUUCCCCUUCCCUUUGCCGUUUUCCUUUACCCCUUCCUUCUCAACUUCUCCAGUGCCCUCCCCUUUUCCUUGCCACUCCCCCCUUCCCCUUCCCCCUUCCAUUCCUCCUCCAUUUUCAACCUUCCGUUUGGCCCUUCCCCUAGCCCCUUUAUCUUUGCCCCUUUCACCUUGCCCUGCCUCCCUGCCCCUCAAUAUGCACCCCUCCCGCCUCCUUCCCCCUUGCUUCUUCCCCCGACCCCCUCCCCCUUUCUCCGGUCACCUGCCCCUCAACCUGCGCCGCUGUCCCCUGCACCCACCCACCAGUUCUUGGUGUGCUGCCUCUGA